UCUAACCGGACGGAACUAAAAAUACGAUCAACAACAUCUCAUAAAAUACAAAAUGCUAAAUCCAAUAUUUAUAAAAUAAAAAAUAAAAUUUAUCUCUCAAUUCAUAAUAAAAGUUUUUACUAAUUAAAAUCCUAUUGAAUCCUGACCCAAGUUUACCAAUUUCCAAAUAAUUCUCUUUCGUUAGAGUCACACCACGACCACACACGGGUUGUUUCAGUGGUACUACUAGUUAUCUUUAAUUUAUUGGUUUGCAAAAUGUUCAGCAUCAACAAGGAGCUCCACCCCCCGACGGGAGUGGAAAUGUGUUCAUACUGCUACUUUUUUGACCGUCGUGAGAAGAACUUGGUCGUGGCUGGAGCUGACCUUCUUCGCGUCUUUCGCUUCGUGCCUGAUCUGUAUGACACCAGUCAAGAUGAAUCCAAGCCCCCCAAGAUGAAAAUGGAGUGUUUGGGAGAGUAUAGGUUCCAGGGGACCUUGAUAGCAAUGGAGACGAUGCCCCUCAGUUUGGCUCGUGACGCCCUUCUGCUGGCUUUCAAAGAUGCAAAGCUUGCAAUUGUGGAGUAUGAUCCAGAUACUCACGAUUUGCGGACGAUCUCUGUUCAUUUUUUCGAAACGGAGGAUUUAAAGUGUGGGCGAACAUUGAGGACAAACAGUAUGCUUAGAGUUGACCCUGAUGGGAGAUGUGCUGCACUGCUAGUUUAUGGACGACAUCUUGUAAUUAUUCCAUUUCUUCGGAGGGAUAGUGUGUUCGAAGAACAUUUUAGUGAUCCGACUGAUAUUAAGCCUAAUCUUGCCAGUUUGAAUCGAAUUCCUCAACUAAAAUCUUACACAAUCGACCUGUGGGAGUUGGAAGAGAAGGUGGACAAUGUAAAGGAUUUCAAAUUUCUUCACGGCUACUAUGAACCCACAAUAGUUUUUAUUUAUGAACCAAUUCAGACCUAUGUUGGGAGAGUGUCCGUUCGACAAGAUACAUGUGCUUUGGUUGCAGUGUCCUUGAAUGUAUCGCAGAAAGUUCAUCCAUGUAUUUGGACCGUGAGUCAUUUGCCAUAUGACUGUUGCAAAAUCUUGGCUGUUCCCAAACCCAUUGGAGGUGUACUUUUAAUGGCACAAAACGCAUUAAUUUAUCUUAACCAAAGUAUCCCACCGUAUGCCGCCGCCCUGAACAGUAUUGCUCGCAAGGCUACGAAUUUCCCAAUGAAGGACCAACCUGAAGUAGUCAUUACAUUAGAUUGCGCCCAAGCGGACUUCCUAUCACACGACAAAGUGAUUCUAUCACUCAAGGGUGGAGAAUUGUACAUUUUGACUUUGCUGUGUGAUUCAAUGACAACUGUUCGCGGAUUUCACUUUUUCAAAGCAGCGUCAUCUGUAUUGACAUCAUGCAUGCUUAUUUGUGAUAACGACUAUGUGUUUCUUGGAUCUCGUCUCGGAAAUUCUUUGCUCCUUCGAUUAUGUGAAGAAGGAGCUAUCCGGGAAGUAAUAGACCAAAUUGAAGAUUUGAACGAAGAUAAGGAUAAAAAUGGAGAUCAGCAGGAAGUAGAACUUAUACAUGACUUGGAUGAAGAAGAUGAUGAUGAUGAUGCAGUCCUGAAAGUUAAAAAAUCCAGGCUUGCUUUAGAUCAAGAAGAAGUGGAAGUGUAUGGAAGUGAAAAGCGUACUCAUUUUGUGAUUACAACCUACAAAUUCGAGUUCUGUGACAGUCUGUGGAAUGUGGGCCCUUGCGGAAAUAUGACCCUUGGAGAACCUCCGUUUCUAUCCGACGAUUUUACUGCACUAGAAGAUCCAGAUUUGGAGUUGGUGACUACCAGUGGACAUGGGAAAAAUGGAGCUCUUUGCGUGCUACAAAGGUCUAUUCGACCACAAAUUGUCACCACCAUUCCGAUUCAUGGUCUCAAAGACUUGUGGACACUAUUCCUUCCAAAUGGAUCUACAAACCAUGGCUUGAUUGUGGUUUCUCAAGACUCAAAGACCAUUGUUUUACAAGCUGGCGAGGAUAUUAAUCAAAUUCAUAAUAGUGGAUUCAAUACAGAUUUACAAUCAAUUCAUGUUUCCAACAUUGGAAACUCAAAAUACAUGAUUCAGGUGUUCAAGGAUGGAAUUAUUCUUUUGAAUGGAACAAACGAACUUCAAAAAAUUAAUCUUGGUCUCAGUUGUGACAUUGUGUUUGCUUUUACGGCUGACCCAUAUGUCGCGAUACUUACUGCUGAGGGCCAAAUCGUUUUAGUUGUUUUUGUUGGAGACCGAUUAGUUCCAACACUGACUCAGCUUCAUAAGAGUUCAAAAGUUGUUGCAGUUUCUGUGUAUUGUGAUGUGAGUGGGAUAUUCACCACUAAAGCGCCUUCCGAUGAUUCACCCGAAGAGCAAAUUGUAAAACUUACAAAAGUAAAAAAGGAAAUGAGAGACGAAGAAGAAUUGCUGUAUGGAAAUCCUGAUGCUGCAGAUGCUGAUUUUAAAAAACAGCAAGCUGCAAUUUCAUCAAGAUGGUGGCGAAGAAAUCGUCGACGCCAACAAACAGUAAUGCCUUCUCACUGGCUGGUAGUUGCACGUGAAACUGGAGCAUUAGAAAUAUUUACUUUGCCAGAUCUGCAGUUACGAAUGAGCGUGGUAGAUUUUGCAACCACGCCGAGAAUUUUAGGACAUACAACUCAAAAACCAGAUUUUAAACAUGUCGGAGUUGACGGUGAAUCAUUACCAGCGGUACAUGAGAUUCUUCUCGUUGGAAUGGGCAACCUUAACAAACGCCCUAUUUUAUUUUCUCGUAUUGGAGAAGAUUUGUAUGUCUACGAAGCAUAUCCUUAUUAUGAAGAUUCAUAUGAAGAUGUUUUAAAGAUGCGGUUCGCAAAAGUCAGACACAAUCUCAUUGUUCGUGAGAAAAGAUCUGCAAAGUCCAAAGGGUCGACAGAAGUGUCAUUCUCAAUGCAAAUUAAGAAUCAUUUUCGACACUUUCCUUUUCUUGGCGGUUAUGGAGGUGUUUUUAUAUGUGGGCCAUAUCCUCAUUGGGUGUUUAUGCCCAGCACAGGCCAACUGAGAUUUCAUCCCAUGGGAAUCGACUCCAAGAUUGUUUCAUUUGCGCCAUUCAAUAAUCCAAAUUGUCCACAAGGCGGAUUUAUUUAUUGUAAUGCAGAUUAUGAUUUCAGAAUAUGCAUGUUACCCAAGCAUUUAUAUUAUGACGCUCCAUGGCCAAUCAAAAAAGUGCCACUAAAAUGUACUGCGCAUUUCAUUAUCUACCAUAUUGAAUCGAAAACCUAUGUCGUUGCAUUAAGUAAUUCCGAAUUUUCGACAAAAAUAUGCAGAGUGUCUGGCGAUGAGAAGGAGUUUAUUGAAGAACAAAAGGAUGAACGUUUUCCAAUGCCAACGAGAGAUAAAUUCAGUAUUCAACUAUUUUCAUCUGCUACAUGGGAGGUCAUUCCAAACACGGCGCAAGAAAUGGAGCCGUUUGAAAAUAUUCUUUGCUUAAAAGUUGUAGACUUGGCGUAUGAAGGAGCCCGGACUGGGCUGAGAGGAUAUCUCGCGUGUGGGACUGGAGUCACCUUUGGAGAAGAUACUACCAGUCGUGGAAGAAUUUUAAUAGUUGAUGUGAUUGAAGUGGAACCUGAGCCUGGGCAACCAUUAACUAAGCACAAAUGCAAAGUGCUGCAUACAAAAGAACACAAAGGUCCUGUGACAGCAUGCACAAGCGUAAUGGGGUUCCUAUGUGCUGCCGUAGGCCAGAAGUUAUAUUUGUGGCAGCUGAAGGACAAUGAUUUGGUCGGUAUUGCAUUUAUCGACACGCAGAUCUUUAUUCACCAAAUGAUUAGUGUCAAGAAUCUAAUUUAUAUUGCGGAUGUCUACAAAUCUGUGUCUCUCUUGCGCUUUCAAGAAACUCAUCGCACAAUAGCCGUCGUCUCAAGGGAUUUUAAACCCUUGGAGGUUUAUGGGAUUGGCUACUUGAUUGACAAUACACAACUGGGUUUGAUUGCAUCAGAUAACGAAAAAAAUUUCAUCAUCUACAUGUUUCAACCCCAAUCACGAGAAAGCUUUGGAGGUCAACGGCUCAUCAGAAAAGCAGACUUCCACUUGGGUCAGCAUGUGACCACAUUUACAAGAGUUAAAUGCAAGGUUCUUGAUCCAACCACUACGAAAAGAAAUUCACUUGCUAUUGAAAAACGACAUGUAUCAUUUUAUGGAACUCUUGAUGGAGGACUUGGUUACCUGCUUCCUAUAAAUGAGCGGACAUAUCGACGUCUUUUGAUGAUGCAAAAUGUUUUAUAUUCUUUCUUGCAACAUAGAGCUGCUUUAAAUCCAAAGUCAUACAGGGGGAUAUUUUGUACGGAUCGAACAGCAGGAAAUCCUUCUAAAGGCAUAAUUGAUGGAGAUAUGGUGUGGGAAUUUUUAAACCUUCCUUGGCAAGAAAAGUUGGACGUUUGUCGUAAAAUAGGUAGCAAGGUUGAUGAAAUUGUAGAAGAUUUAAUGGAAAUUGAUAGAAUUUCGUCCCAUUUCUAAUUUUCGUUUUUACACUAAAGAGUAUAUUAUGAAUGUAUGUUGUUGAAAAGACUGUAUUAUGAUUUGUUUCACGUAGCACGUAUUUUUGUUGUAUUGUUUAUUUUAUACAUUUAAAAUGAGAACAAUAAAAUUUUAAAAAUAAGUA